GGAGAUUUUGCAUCACUUUACACACUCUGAACGUUUUGAGUUGCGUAUGAAUUGAUUAUUUUGGCAGUAAUAUAAAUCGCUUAGAUGAACGUUAAGAAAUGUUAUCACAAAUGAGUCAUCGAUAAUUAAAAUAUAUCAAUACGGAUUCAAUCAAACGAGUAGUCAAUAGGAAUUUUAUAUCUUAACUGUGUAUCUGAUAUCUUAUCCUAAUGGCAGGGCCUGAUUUGCCGAAGACUCCAACUCCUUUAAAAAACAUUCAGCAAUAUUUGACAGUUGCCAUAAAACAUGAUCAGCGAGACUGUGUUGUUAGUUAUUGGUGUCGUCUCUAUGCUCUUCAAACUGGGUUGAAAUUAUCAACAAAGACGUCAGAAGAAACAGGUUUUUUACUGAAGUUAAUGGAUUGGUUGGAAACAACAAAAAAGGCAUUGCAUGAUAAUGAAGCUAUUACCAAUGAAGUUGCUGCUCAAGCGCAUCUGGAAAAUUGGGCCUUGAAGCUGUUUUUAUAUGCCGAUAAGAAUGAUAGAGCUGCUAAUUUUUCAAAAAAUGUAGUACAAAGCUUUUACACCGCACAAAUAUUGUACGAUGUAUUGACACUGUUUGGAGAAUUGAGUAUAGAAGCAGCUCAGAAUCGGAAGUAUGCCCAGUGGAAGGCAGCUUAUAUCCACAAUUGUCUAGUAAAUGGAGAAACUCCAGUACCAGGACCGAUGGAAGAAAAGGAAGAGGAAAAGGAUUCGAUUGAAGGAUUAAAUGAUAAUGAUGAAGAUCCGGAAUCAAAUGUAAAUAUUCCACCUGAAAAUCCGAAGGACGACAUUCCACAAAGUAUUCCAUCUACUCCUGCAAGUCCACCUGCAACUGUACGAACACAGUCAUUUGAAUCAGAGGAUAAUACUGCUUAUAAGACAGAAGACAAUACCAAUCUGUCAGUAGAGCACAUUAAUAAAGCGCAAAAGUACAUAAAAUGGGCAGGCAGUGCGUUGGACUAUGACGAUGUACCUACUUCCAUAACAAAUCUUCAGAAAGCUUUGCAUCUUUUAACUACAGGUCAAGAACUUGCCUAAAGAAACCGAUAGACAUUAGGUAAUGGCUUAUUUGUAAUUAGUUGUGAUAAAUUUGUCAGCUAUUUUCUAUAAUGAGGAGUGCAAAUAUUUUACUAAUACAAGAUUAAGCAAGGUUUUGACAAUUUUAACAAUAGAUUAUCAAUUAUUACUUUAAAAGGCUUACGAAAACCAGCAACUAGAUAUUAAUGAAAAUAACCUGAAAUGAAAUAGAGCAUCGAGCACUUUAACAUCUUUUAUUUAUAUAAUGUUGAAGGAGAUAGAUUAAUGAAUAAAUGUAUAAAAAUA